AAAUUUUGAAGAAAAAGGGGAAAUGGAUUUAAUAGAAGAAAAGAGAGAAAGCGAAAUGGGAACAAAACGGAAGGUGGAGAGAUAUCCUAACCUCUCGAAUCGACAGUCUUUCCAUCAACAUCGUCUCUCAAACUGAAACAUGGUCUCUUCGCGGAGUAGGUUCGAAUCUACUUCUCACCUGUUCUUCUUCUCUCUCCUUCCAAGUUCCAACUCUACCUAGAGUCCUCUUUGCUUCUCUCUCUCUGCUUCUUCAAUGGCGUCUAUUUAUCAGAAGUUUUUUGCCGAUUCAAACAUGACAGUCAAUUGUACAAUUGAAAGCUGUGUUCCAACAGUAAACGAUACAAUUCUUUGUUCCGUUUAUGCUUGUCCUCCUGUUUCUUCUCUUUUUCCUUCUAAUCCAGACUAUUUCAAGGAUGAAUCCUUCUCUCAUAGAUUUUCCCCAAUUGUAAUCAUCGUCUGCGCUGUUCUUGGUGGUGCUUUUCUUCUCGUUACUUACUAUGCCGUCAUCGUUAAGUACUGUUCGAGUUGGAAUCGCGCAAGGAUUGCUCCACCUCAACCUCACGAUGAUUACGAAGAUUUUUUCGAUGAGGAUCAGGGACCGAUUAUAGAUCAUCCCAUCUGGUUCAUCCAAACAGUGGGUCUCCCAGAUAACAUCGUCAAUUCCAUCACCGUCUGCAAGUAUCAGAAUGGAACGGGCUUGGUUGAAGGGACUGAGUGCUCAGUUUGUCUCGGUGAGUUCCAGGAGGAUGAUACUCUUAGGUUACUACCCAAGUGCUGCCAUGCCUUCCACCUCCUCUGUAUCGAUAGGUGGCUCAGAUCCCAUACUAAUUGCCCUUUGUGUCGCGCCCCAAUCGUGUCUAACCCCGAUAGUCUUGGGCGUUCGUCGACUGCAACUGAGCCAAACUUAAGUAAUUCGGGUACAGUGGAUGAAACCCAGUUGGGGAAUUCGUCGAGUGAUGGUGCUUCAGGAAGCAAUCAGAGCGGCGGAGGUGGGGUUGGUGAAACCACUGUUGUGGUUGGCGCUGGAAUAGAGGAUGAAGUUGAAUUACGGGUUGAUGGUGGAACAAAGGAUGCUGAGAUUGAAAAGGAGGCCAUGACUCAGCUAUCAUCACCUGCAAAUUCUGGGCUUCAGAUGGUCAGUAUCGACAUGAGUGAUAAUCGUCUGGAGGAGGAAGGCAACAUACAGCCUGUAAAAAGGUCUUUUUCUAUGGGUUCAUUUGCUGCAGCCAUGAUGUGUUUCUCUCCGUCUAAUUUUCCUCCAUUAGAAUCCGAAGGAAGUUCGUCUACCCAAGUAAUCUCAGUUGAAGAAUCCAAUUCAGAACUCGUCUCCAAGGGCCAAGGUGGAAGUCCCAACUUUUUUAAGCUGAUGGAUGGUUCUUUCACUCGGCAAGCUCUCAAAAUUGGACCUAUUGCCAUGAAAAGAUCAGUGUCGUGCGGUGGAAAGUUCUUGCUAUCAAGAUAUGGCGGAUCCAAAAAAUCGAUUCUUCCCCUGUGAGAUCUUUUUACUCCUCUCCUCCUCUUCUAUAUUUAGUUGCAGUGCAGAUGUCCGCAAGACUAAGAUAUCUUAGCUGCCCCCAACAAAUUGGGGUCCUCUUCUUUUUUCUACAUCAAAAUAUACAAUAAAGCUAAGCUGAUGAACUGUAUAUAAGCGGAAGGAAGAUGGAACUGACAAUCAGAGUCCAGUCAUCUUGGGACAAAGAAUUUUGGCAUUUUACCUGCCGAUUCAAGUUUGCACGGAGAACCAAGUUUGGUUUGCAGAACCAAGUAAUUGUGGUAUUUGUUUCUGUGUCUCUUGCAACAAAUGUAAUUCCUGAUGUAGUUUUAUACAUCUCAAAAAAUAUGUGAAAUGCAGGAUUCAAUUGAAGAAUCUGACAAUAAUAAUGUUAUAUUUCUAUCAAUUUGAUUGGAAAUGUUUUAUCUGUUAUAAAACUAACCAUUA